AUGACCCACAGGAGCUUCUUGUUGCUGGUGCUGGCGGAGCUCUUCAACAUGUUGGCCGCGUACCCUUCCCAGACCUACACCCACUGGUGGACUCUGAACGGCUGGGAGCCCGGCGAGAUUGCGGCCUUCGCGCUGCUGAUCGGGGUUUGGGCGCCUGUGAUGCUCUCGGUGGUCUUCAGCCUGUUGGCACGCAUGAACCGCUGGGGCCCCUGGGCCAUGCGCGACUUCACCUGCCUCCUGCCCCCGGGCGCCCUUCUGCGGACGCUGGCUUUGUGGGACUUGGGCAACUUGCACUACCGCUCCCAGAUCUUCGUAGUGGCCGUGCUGCUGUCCGUCUGCGUGGACGUGGCGCGGGGCGCGGCGGUGUGGAGCUCCAUCAUGACCAUCCUGGGCAACAAGUGGUACGCCCUGAAGGGCUGCUACAUCUGCCUCACCUUGGUGUCCUUCGCCUCGGCGCUGAGCCCUCACCUGGGGCACUGGCUGGGGAUGCUCUUUGCCGGAAGCUCCAACCUCUACGACAAGUUUAGUUUGGACAAGCCGGUCUCGGCCAAAGGCUCCUUCAGCGAGGCCACCUUCUGGGCGGUAGUGCCGUUGGCAUCUUUGAGUUAUAUCCUCCAGAUCCUGGCGAUGCGCUACUUCAACAACGACAUCUUGACCUUCAAGGGUCAUGGAAAUCUCCUACCGGACGGCACUCGCACAGGCGCCGGCUCCCAGAUGGAGGCCGUGCCCACGAAGCAGGUGAAGCGGCGCCGCAAGGCGGCGCUCAAGCCGCAGGUGCAGGAGAAAAAGAAGAAGAAGGAGAAGAAGAAGCAUGACUUCAGUGCUCUCCUCGCCAACGGCCAGCUGCCGGUCUUGGACACCAUCCCUGCCGAGGAGCCGCGCGCCGCUUCGGAGCCGCGCGACAUCGCCGCUUCGGCGCCGCAGCCGCGGCUUCCCUCGCUGGGCGUCUAG